GAAUGAGACCUCAGAUCUAAUUGGUAUGUAUGAGCAAAGCCUUCAUUGUAGGAUUCGUGAUUUCGCUUGUGGGAGAGUCGUAAAGUUUGGGGGAGAUCUGUAAGAAGAAGCAUCGAUGGAUAUGCGACACAGUCGCCGCAUAGCGCGAUAUCGAUCUUCUGUCAGUCACUGUGGAGGAUGGACACGCGAUCGAGCUCCGUGCAGUUAAGCGCUGAAACUCCAGACAGUCCCACAGGAGCUCAUGUUGAAUGGUGCAAACAGUUGAUUGCAGCCACAAUGUCAAGUCAGAUCUCAGGAGCCAUCAGCUCAGAUAUGAUCUCCAGAGAGUACAAGGACUGUGAUGUGGAAGUUAAAGGAUUUCUCUCGGAAACUGACCCUCAGCAGACUGCCUCCCCUUCGGCACUGAGACAAGGAAAUAAGCAGGCUCAGAUGGAGGAAGCUCCAUGUGUACCUGGAGAAUCUAUCAAAGCUAUUGCCAAAGACGUGAUGUAUAUCUGUCCUUUUUCUGGUGUUGUGAGGGGAACCUUAACCAUCACUGACUUCAAGCUCUUCUUCAAGAGUUUGGCUCGGGAUCCUCCCUUUGUGUUGGAUGUAAAUCUUGGAGCCGUAAGCAGGCUUGAGUCCAUCGCUGUUCAGAGUCAUGGAGAAAACAAUCAGGGACUGGAGAUCGUCUGCAAGGACUUGAGGAACCCCCGAUUUGCUUACAGAAAAGAAGGACAGAGUAAUUUGGAGGUGUUUGAAAUACUGUCAAAGUAUGCAUUUCCUUUGUCCCACUACCUGCCUCUCUUUGCCUUUAAAUAUCAAGAGAAGUUUCCAGAAGACGGCUGGAAGAUCUAUGACCCAGUCUCUGAGUACAAGAGACAGGGUCUGCCAAAUGAAAGCUGGAUUAUCAGUAAAGUCAACAGCAAUUAUGAAGUGUGUGAGACGUACCCAGCACUUCUGGUCGUACCUUCAAACGUCACAGAGGACGAGCUGAAGAGAGUGGCAGCCUUUAGAGCCAAACGCCGUUUCCCUGUGCUGUCCUGGAUUCAUCCCGAGAGUCAGGCUGCUAUAGUUCGCUGUGGUCAGCCACAGGUGGGACCCUCAGACCGUCGCUGCAGAGAGGAUGAGCGCUACCUGCAGACAAUACUUGACGCCAACGCUCAAUCUCACAAGCUGUGUAUAUAUGAUGCUCGACAGAGCACUGUGGCUGACACCAACAAAGCCAAAGACGGAGGAUACGAGAACGAGAGCUUCUACAUAAACGUGGAGCUAAACUUUCUGGAGAUCCCCAACAUUCACGUGAUGCGAGAAUCCCUGAGGAAACUUAAAGAAGUGGUGUACCCUGCAAUCGACCAACAACACUGGUUCUCAUCUGUGGACUCCACACAUUGGCUGGAAUACAUCAGGCUCUUGCUGGCAGGCGCCGUACGUAUCGCAGACCGAAUCGAGUCUGGAAAGACGUCUGUGGUGGUCCACUGCAGUGACGGAUGGGACCGCACGGCUCAGCUCACCUCUCUGGCCAUGCUUAUGCUAGAUGGUCACUAUCGAUCGCUCAGGGGUUUCCAAGUGCUGCUGGAGAAAGAGUGGCUGAGCUUCGGACAUCGCUUUGCCUCGCGUGUUGGACAUGGAGAUGGGAAUCAUGCCAACUCUGAGCGUUCUCCUCUCUUUGUGCAGUUCAUAGACUGUGUCUGGCAGAUGACCCGACAGUUUCCCUCUGCAUUUGAAUUCAACGAGGUGUUUCUCAUCACUGUUCUCGAUCACCUGUACAGCUGCCUGUUUGGGACGUUUCUCUAUAACAGCGAGCAAGAGCGAGUCUCAAAGGAGGUUUAUAGUAAGACUGUGUCUCUCUGGUCAUAUGUUAACAGUCAGGUUGAAGACUUCACAAACCCUCUGUAUGUAAACUAUGAGCAUCAUGUUUUGUAUCCAGUAGCCAGUUUAAGGCAUCUGGAGCUUUGGGUGAGUUAUUACGUACGCUGGAACCCUCACAUGAGACCACAGGUUCCGGUUCAUCAGAGUUUUAAAGAGUUAUUGAUUCUGAGAUCAGAGCUUCAGAAGAGAGUGGAGAAGCUAAAACGAGCUUCAUCACAUUCUCUCUCCUCUUCCUCAGAGCAUGAGCUCAUGCAGACCACUGUCUGAUUAUACAUCUCAUUGAUCCGGUAAACAAUGGACGUCCAGCAUUUCAUUCCAGCUCUGUUGUCAGAGGAAAAUAAAGACAGUGCUUAAAUUUUUUUGAUGAAAUCUAUUGCUUACGUACUGUUGCAAAACAAUACAUCUCAAAAUAGCACUUUUGUAUUUGUUAUAUUACACUAUUUCUAUGUACAAGCAUGCAAAAGUAGUUGGAUUUCAUCAGAUCUUAUUUUCAGACAAAAUAAAUAAUGCACUGCAA